AUGGAGGAACUUCAACAGUGUCGUAAAAGAUAUGAGGAUUUCUUCGGAACUCUAUUUGAAAAAUUGGGAUCUUUUAUAUCAAAAUAUCCCAAAAUAGUCAUAAGUAUAUGUGUGGUAGUAAAUAGUCUGUUUCUAAUUGGAUUGUUGGAGCUUUCAACCGAAAACAAUGUUGAGGUAUUGUACACUCCAAGUAACAGUCAGGCGUACAAAGACAGAGAGUUUCUUAAAAACGUGUACUCAGAUCCAACGACGAGCAAUUUCGAGUCAUACCAGCUUGAAACAUUUGGAAGAUACGUAGAUGUAAUGAUGGUUUCCAAAAACAAGUCAGACAUCAUGAAUCAACAAUAUAUUGAUGAAAUAAAUAAUAUCAACCAGUUUAUACAGAACUCAGUAGUUGUUUAUAAAACAGAUGGAACAGCUUACAAAUUUGCUAAUGUUUGCGCGUUGAGCAGUUCUGAGUGUUCUGUACUUGGUGGAGUUGUUUUGGAUUCUGAAUUUCAGCGACAGUUUAUUCAGAGAAAUGUCUCAUUUCCUAUGUAUAAUUCUCAAUUAUUGUCUCCAAUAUUUGCGAAUGCCCGAAGUCAAAAGGGAAAACUUGCAUCUAGCAUUGGGGUCAGAUUGAGAUAUUACCUGCAACAAAACAAUUCUCUUCCUAAAACUUGGGAAAAUGAAUUUCUCAAUCAGAUACCCCAUUUAAAACCUAAUCUUACAGAUGUCGCUUAUGCUAGCUCUGAGUCCCUCGAAACAGAACUCAACAAAGCUACAGACAGUGACAUAACAUUUUUUAGUGUGACAUUCACGUUAAUGAUGACGUAUGCUUGCCAGGCUUCAGCAUCGUCUUGGCUGAAAUGUAACAACAUUGCAAACAGAGCAAAUCUGGGAAUCGCAGGAGUAAUCACACCAGUCUUAGGAAUAGGAGCAGCUUUUGGUUUUGUUAGUGCGAUUGGAAUAAAGUUCACGAAUAUUGUAGGAGUCAUGCCUUUCUUGAUAAUAGCAAUAGGUAUUGAUGACAUGUUUAUUCUGAUGUCUGGAAUGGCGGGAGCACCGUCCCUGUCGAAAGCAUCAAUUGAAGACAGGAUGAAAAGCAUGCUGAGGACGAGCGGAAUAUCGAUUACCAUAACGUCAGUUACUGAUCUCCUUGCAUUUGGUGUUGGGGCCACCUCGGUGUUUCAAAGCAUACGAACUUUUUGUAUUUAUACAGGAGUUGCAGUAAUGUUUUGUUACAUGAACCAGCUGUUUUUGAUGUGUCCUGCAAUUUGUCUAAAUGAAAUCCGUACAUCAAAAAGACGACAUUUUUGUAUAUGCUGCUUGGAAAUAAAGGAAAGAGAUUCUGCACAGAACAGCAAAAACUCGAUUGAUAGAUGUCUGACUGGAAAUAUUCCAGAAUCAAGAGAUGAUGUAGAAAGUUCUCUCGAAAAAUAUCCCAAGAAAUUAGCAGUUAAAAUUCACUCGCACUUUGUAGGGAAAAUCAUGAUUUGCAUUUUAUUCAUGUCUUAUUUAGGGUCAUCGAUCUAUGGAACUAUGCAUUUAAAGCAAGGUCUCCAUUUGUUCAAUUUGGUUUCAAAAAGAUCUUACUUUCACACAUACAGUACCUGGGAAAAUAAUUACUUUACUGUUGAGCCCCUAAUUGCUGUAUGUGUUAAAAAUGAAAAUACAUAUUCACUGAAUUCAACACAGUCUCAGAUUUCAAGCAUCAUGACUCAGGCUAAGUUAGAUACGGGAAUAGACGAUACAUUUGAAAUCAAUUGGUUAACUGCAUACAAGCAAUCACCUCUUUAUGACGACAGUACAGAAACAAAAUUUGUCACUGGUUUAAAAUCUUUUUUAAACAUUGAACCUCGCUUUUCAAAUGAUAUAGUCUUUAGCACUUCCAAAUUAAAAAUAAGAUCUUCAAAAUUUUACAUUAAAUCUGUCAAUUUAAAAUCGUCAUCAGAUCAAGGUGCCCUGAUGGAAAGAUUGCGUGAACUUGGUAAAAAUUCCCAAUUUAUUUUUUUCUAUACGCCUGCAUUCAUCUUUUUUGAGCAGUACGUACAAAUACUACCGAGUAUCUUGUUAACAGUGGGCAUCGCUGUUGUUGUGAUUUUGGCCGUCACUUUUAUUUUCAUGCCGAGACCUUUGUUAGUUGUAAUUGUGGCAUUGACUGUAAUCAGCAUUAUGGUUGGUAUCUUUGGUUUCAUGUACUAUUGGGAUCUUACCCUUAGCUCUGUAACAAUGAUACAUCUUGUAAUGAGCGUGGGUUUUUCAGUAGACUUCGCUGUACAUAUUUGCCAUUCAUUUCUAUCUUCAAGGUCAGAAAGCGAAGUGCUCAAAUCUGCCCUUGAUAAAUCUGGAGGACCAGUAUUUAAUGCUGCAUUUUCGUCCCUGCUUGGUAUUGUUAUGCUAUUCUUUUCCGAGAGUUAUAUAUUUCAGUCCUUUGGAAAAGUCAUGCUCCUUGUUGUCAGUUUUGGACUUGUUCACGCGGUUUUUUUUCUUCCGCUUCUGAUAGAUAUUCUGAUGCUGUUAAUGAAACGGAAAGACAUUGAAACUAGGAAAACCAACGACGAAGAAACUCAAUCAAAUACUACGGAAUUGAAUGAUGAUAGAGUUUCAUCAUCGAGUGUCACUACAUUACAGGCUUUUAGUCAAUAUAUGUAG